AUGGUAGCUAAUGCUUCGCAUUUUCGAGGUGGAACGGUAUCAUGGAAACACAUCAGGUCAACCGGGAACACAAACGAGAUGGAAAUUAGUUUUCGUCUUGGUUGGCGACGAGAUUCCGAUUCUAUAAGGUGCGAUGACAACACGAUUUUUUACCAGAACGAAGGAUACGGUGGUAAUGGAAAUUGGGUACUUGAUGGAGCGUCGAGCUCCGAUUUCCCUCAUUCUACAGCUAUUAAAUGCACCACUUAUGAUAUUGCGGAAAACUGGGCGUACGGUUAUAAUAGCUUCCUUACCAAUAUCACCGCCUCAUCGACCUUCGAUAUUACAUUUGAGGGCAAUGCCUGGAUCGGGGGCUUGUAUGGCUCAGCUGGGGGCAGAUGGGCCGUUCCCCUCCUAGGCAUAGAUGUCGGAAUUAGAAACGAUACCGGUAAGGUGAAUACGUCACCAAGAACUCUCAGCGCACCAGUGGUGAGACUUCAAUUGGGUUGUGCCAGUGAUAUUGUUAUCCAUUCUGUUGACGAUGACAACGAUAAGGUUACCUGCAGAUAUGCGAUCAGUUCAGAUGAAUGCGGGGGAGUUUGUGGAUCUUUUCCUUACAUUUCAUUGAUAGAGGAAACAUGCACUCUUCAAUAUAACGGGGGAGGUGGAAUCUACCUAGCUGCAAUUGCUUUAAUGUUGGAGGACCAUCCACAAAAAACUAUAACUGUUGAUGGAAGUGGAGAGCGCACACCUUUGGAUGUAUUGAGUACAAUUCCAUUGCAGUUUCUCAUAGACAUUUCAUCCGCAUCGUCAUGCAACGUGAAUCCAACUUAUCCAUCGUAUGCCAUUCAGGACGGAGAAAUUUUUGUAAUAUCUGAAACUGAUACCUUCAACGAACCCUAUACGCGUAUCCGAGUGUUUCAGGGGGAAGUUGGUUUAUAUCAGACUGGCAUAGUUUAUCUUGGAAGCGAUUUACAUGCAUCUAGCAUGAUUUGGAAUCCAACUUCCAAGCAAUCAGGAAUUCACACAGUUUGUUACUACGCCGUCGAUUCUGGAGGGCUACGAGCAGAACAAAGAUGCUUCACCAUUGAAGUAACAGCAAUUGAUCAAUGCGAUGUUGAUAAUGGUGGAUGCAGUGACGAUUGUAUAGCUGGCACAUACUCGCAUUCCUGCAGCUGCAAGCAAGAAUGUUGGUCGCUUCACGAAAACGAAAAAACUUGUCUCCCCAAUUCUACGGUUGCAUGUGACGGCCACACAAUGAAUAUUAGCAUUGCAAACUGUGCAUCUGAAGAAGUUAUAUUCGCUGGAGAACACAAUAAUCUAAAUUCAGAAUGUCAGUCAACCAGAGGAACUUCCCAACAGCAUCUUUCAUUGGCCAGUGAUCAAUGCGGGAUGACAACUGAGUCGAGUGCCGCGGGUAUCCAAUACCGAACCGACAUUUUCGUCUAUAAGGGAGAUUAUUCUGGAUCCAGCUCUGUCAUAACGAGAGGUGAAUGGGUACAGAUAUCAGUUGUUUGUACUUUACCAGCAACAUCAAAUUUAACCGGAUCUUUUGUACCGGAAGUUCCAAUUACCGGUGAUAAUGUACAGAACGAGGUUUCUAUUGAAGGAAUGGGAACAUUUGUGUUUUCGUUUGAUAUUUACCGUACAGAAAGUUUCAUGACACCUUAUAGUCCAGCUGAAUAUCCAGUAGAAGUUUCCAUCAACGAUGACAUAUACUUUGCACUUCUAGCAGUUGGGCGGGCCGAUUUGACUUUGUUUACGGAAGAGUGCGUGGCGUUGUCGACCGAGACGAUAACUGCAACAACUUUACAAUAUCCAUUUAUAUCAGCUGGUUGCCUUGAAGAUCCUACUAUGGAAGAAUAUACAUCAACUAAUCCUCUAGAAAACAGAUUCAGCAUACAAGCGUUUCAAUUUGCAGACAAACUACUUGCUUCGAAAGAAGAUGCAGCAGUUUAUAUACAGUGUUCUGUACUUCUGUGUGAUUUAUCAAAUACUACGAGAUGUUAUCAAGGAUGCGUAUCUUCAACAUUCAGAGACAAAAGAUCAAUUGUAAAGCACGACCCCAUUAUUCGAGCUAACUCGGCAAAAAGCGGUAUGAAUAAUCGUGCUAACGACGAUGACGACGACGAUGAGAUUCCCAUCACCACCAAAGAAUCUUCUCCCCAAACCAUUUCGAACGCUCUGGUUUUGAUAUUUGAUGAUGAUGAUAAUGGUGGAAACGGGAGUCAAAGAAAAACGAUCACAUCGGCUUGGAUCGCCGUUUGGCUCGGAGUUAUGAUAUUUCAUCAGUUGGUGUAAUGAUUAUGAAUAUAUGGUUAUCUAUUAAAAUAAGUAUUCUGGUAUAUAAAGGUAAUUAAAGCAAGCAAAAGAAAUAAUUUUUGACGCAAUAUAAUACUUAACCAAACAGCAGCGCCAAUUUUUAGAGUGAUUCACUAUUUGCCUAAUGUCGAGAUAUAUCGUGAGUUAUAAAUACAUAUAGCAAGUUUUCAUUGGUUUUCCGUACUGGUACAAUGUAUGAAUGCGUGAAAUAAUAUUUUCUGUAGAGAAUAUAUAUUUUAUUUAAAAAAAUUUCUUUUUAUUUUGUUUGAAUGUUUUGUUGUUGAAUUGUUAAUAUACCUAUGCUAUGAGUGCUCUAACCUAAGCAAUUUUAAGUGAUAGAUUUAUUGAUAUUUAUGACAAUAACAGAAAUAUAUAUCUAAUAAUUAAACACUUCGUGAUUUUUAAUCGUAUUGGGGUGAAUUUUGGGUUUUAUUUCUUUUAUUAACGAAGGCUUCUGCGUGUCGUAAGUACGAAUCAAGACAGAACAAUGCUAUCUGCUCAAAUGG